AAUCUGCAAGGGAAGAGGGGAGGAGACGUUAUUGCUGUUGUGAAACGUGUGCAGAGAAUUGGGAAAGGAGGACAAAAGCUGCAAGAUCUAAGUAGCCUUGGCUAAUGAAUGAACUGCUUUAACCAUUGUUAUCACAGGGCGGGGGGGGGGGGCACAAGGGAAAGAAAGAGAACGAAAGAAAGAAAAGAAAACAGCUUCCCUUGGCGAUGCUGUCUUGGAGCCUCAGUUUCCUUCCUGUCCUGCCAGCCCAAACCUAGAAGCUCCUUUUUGCCUGAGCUGGCACCACACCCUUGACCCGAGGCAAUGAGCGGCAGCUGGGGCUGGUUUCCUUUAUCACGCCGGUUUAUCAAGUACGCGGCUCCCUCCGAGAGACCUGCAGGGGGCAGUCGCUCCCCUGAGAGGCCUCAGGAUGAGGAGGAGCAGGCGGCGGCGGCGAUUGGCAACUUGUAGGGGAGGAGCCGCCACCCAGCAGCGCUGGGACCUUGCUCUGGAGCCGCCUGCUUCCACUUUCCCGGCGUUAUGAGUUUGCCGCUGGCUUUCGAGGCGGAGCGGGAUUUUUUUUUUUAACCUUAGCAGCAGCUCGCUUCAUCUCGAGACGAGCCUAGCAGAGCCUCAUGGACGCGCAAAGUAGCCGCAGAAGCAGCAGCAGCAGCAAGAAAAAGGAGCUGAGAUCAUCUGCAGUGGACUUGAAUGUUGCUCUCAGUGAAUGUAUGGCAGCUGUGGAUCUGUUUCUAAAUAACAAAUUCCAGGAUGCCCUUGUUUCUCUGCAAACUAAAACAAAGGGGAGUAUGUAUCAUGCAUUGACAUAUGCCACUAUAUUGGAAAUGCAAGCCAUGAUGACCUUUGACUCUCAGGACAUACUGAAUGCUGGAAACACAAUGAAAGAAGCUCAAGCCAUAUGUCAGAAGUUUCGGAAGAAAUCCACCGUGGCCGAUUCACUCAACAAUUUAGUGCACAGACACAAUGUUGACCAAUUAACUGAAGAGGAAAUUCAUGCAGAAAUUUGCUAUGCCGAAUGUUUGCUUCAGAGAGCUGCUCUUACAUUCCUUCAGGAUGAAAACAUGGUUAGCUUUAUCAAAGGCAGCAUCAAAGUCAGAAACAGUUAUCAAACAUACAGGGAGCUGGAGAGUCUAAUACAUUCUCCCCACUAUGUUAAAGGAGAAAACCACCCCCAUUUUGAAGGUGGCGUAAAGCUGGGAGUUGGGGCAUUUAAUCUGACUUUGUCUAUGUUACCAUCAAGGAUUGUACGGUUAUUGGAGUUUGUUGGGUUUUCAGGAAAUAAGGAACAUGGUCUGCGACAGCUUCAAGAGGGAGCCUCAGUGUACAGCUUUAGGUCCGUGCUGUGCACUAUGCUAUUGCUCUGCUAUCAUACCUUCAUGACUUUUGUGCUAGGGACAGGAAAAGGAAAUGUUGAAGAAGCGGAGAAACUUCUUAAGCCUUACUUGACUCAAUAUCCAAAAGGAUCCAUAUUCCUGUUUUUUGCAGGGAGAAUAGAAACAAUAAGAGGCAAUAUUGAUGGAGCCAUCAAAAGGUUUGAAGAAUGUUGUGAAGCCCAGCAGAAUUGGAAGCAGUUUCAUCACAUGUGCUAUUGGGAACUCAUGUGGUGCUUCACAUACAAACGUCAGUGGAAGAUGGCGUACUUCUAUGCAGAUCUGCUCAGCAAAGAGAACACCUGGUCAAAGGCUACAUACAUAUAUAUGAAAGCAGCUUAUCUCUGUAUGUUUGGACCAGAUGAUCAUAAGCCUUUUGGGGAUGAUGACGUUGCACUAUAUAGGGCUGUGCCUAGUUUGAAACUGAAAAUAGCAGGAAAGUCCCUGCCUACAGAAAAGUUUGCAAUUCGGAAAUCCCGCCGAUAUCUAUCCUCAAAUCCUGUUCCACUUCCUGUACCUGUUUUGGAGAUGAUGUAUGUCUGGAAUGGUUAUGCAGUGAUUGGGAAGUGUCCUGACCUGACUGGUGGUAUAUUGGAGUGCUUGGCAGAUGCAGAAGCAGCCCUGGAAAGAAGCCCAGCUACAGAUUUGUUUGUUGAUGAUCAGUGUGUGAUCAAGUUACUGAAAGGGUUGUGCUUGAAAUAUCUUGGCAAGAUUUCAGAAGCAGAAGAACACUUCACUUACAUUCACUUAAAUGAAAAGAAGAUAAAGUACGAUCAUUAUUUAAUUCCAAAUGCGCUGCUUGAACUUGCUUUAUUAUACCUGGACCAAGACAGAAGAGAAGACGCUGUAAAGAUCCUGGAACGAGCAAAGCAAAAUUAUAAGAAUUAUUCCAUGGAAACAAGAACACACUUCAGAAUUCAAGCUGCUUUGCACCAAGCCAAAUUGUCUCCAGAAAAUGGUGUUCUGGAAGCAGAGUUUUCAUGUUAACUUUUUAAAAAGAAAUCUUGUUUGGUAUGCAAACUGCCACAAGAGGACAGGCAGUAGUUUAGCACAAAACGUAUUUAAUUUAAAAAUACAAACCAGUAUUUCAUUCCACGACUGUUUGUAAUAUAUACAAAUGUGACUUACUUUCUUUAUAAGUUUUUUAAAUAAGAUUUUCAUGUUCGUUAAUUUGGCAAAUAAUAUUUAAAUGGAUGAAAUCAUGAAUUCUAUAGAGUUGCUGACAAAUACCUAGAUCACACUUGGUUAUGAAUAUAACUUUUAUGUUUACAUAGACUGAAUUUUUAAAACUACUUUUUAAAUGAGGUGGUAAUUUUCCUGAUAAGAAGGAACAACCAAUUAAUAACCUUUGAUUCAGAUUUAAUAUUAUAAUGUACUGUUCUUUAAUCUCACACAUACUUUCAUUUUUUCCUCUUCUAAUGUAUUCUAUUUUGCUAACACUCAAGAUGCCAACAAAUGCAGCCAAAAUCCAGUUGCAACGUGCUGAUGCUUACCAGUUUGAAAGAGUUAUCAAUAUUGAAAAAGCCAAAGAAGCAAAGUAAACCGGAAUCUCUCUCUUUCUGAAGCAAAAGUAAUGGUUAGACUGCAUUAAGAAAACGAGUCUUUCAAGAAGUUUAGUGCUGGUUUAUUCUUUUUGUUGAGCAGUACAGAAUUAUUUGUUUUUUCCCCCUAAAGUGGCAUAUGGUUUGGAACAGGGAUUGCCAGCAUGGUGCCCUCCAGCUCUUGGGACUCCAGCUCCCAUCAGUCUCAGCCAGCAUGGCCAAUGGCCAGGGAUGAUGAGGCAACAUCAAGGUGCCAAGUUGGCUACUCCUGUUUUAAUAUUGUACUGGAAGCAUUGUGAACAUUCAUAAGCCAUUUUACGGUACAGGAUAUUUUGAACUGGAGCAUGUCCAGUUUGUAUUAGCCAUAUUAUUUGGGAGAGUGUUAAUCAUGCAGUCCUUCCUCCUUAACUAGCUGCUGGAACUUUUUUUGGGGGGGGGGAGGUCUGCUAGACAUUUAGAGAGAACCAAUGACCUCUUUGGCAGAUGGUUGGAUUCACUCUCCCCUUCUUACCAAACAAUUGAUUGGCUACAUCAGUGGCAUAACUGCUACUAUUUUGAUAGGACUGCACAUAUUGAUCAACCCCUCUGUGGUACUACAGAAUGCCCACAGGUUCUGGAAGUCACCAAUUUCCUGGGGCAGGGUUGGAAGCUACAUUGCAGAAACAAUGUACCCACUAUAGUUUUAAGGUGGCAGGAAGUUUGACACAUUCUGUUGUACAGUGGUGCCUCGCUAGACGAAUUUAAUUCGUUCCAGGACUCAAUUCGUCCUACGAAAAAUUCGUCUAGUGAGUCACGGUUUCCCAUAGGAAUGCAUUGAAACUUAAUCAAAGCAUUCCUAUGGGCUUCGGGGGACUGCCGGCUGGCUCGGGGACUUCCUGCUGCUCCGGCGCUGCUGUA